AUGGGGCUCGCUACGAUCAUAGCCAGGAGAGCAUAUGGCCAGUGCGGCCGGGCGCGAAAGCGCGUGUCGAUAGUGGGGUCCGGCCCAUCGGGGUUCUACACUGCGGUGCACCUGCUGACUCGUGCUACUGAGCCGCUGCAUGUAACGUUGUGGGAGAGUCUGCCGACGCCGUUUGGACUGUCACGCUACGGGGUGGCGCCGGACCACCCGGAGGUCAAGAAUUGCGAGGACCGGUUUACGGAGCUGGCGAACCGGUACCACGUGGCGGCGCAGCCCGGGGAGCACUCUUUUGAAUUCGUGGGGAACAUCACCGUGGGCCGGGACGUCGCACUGCGAGAGCUGCUGGCGGCGGAGGACGCCGUGGUGCUGAGCUACGGCUGCAGCGGGGACCGCCGACUGGGGAUUGAGGGCGAGGCGGACACGGCGGGGGUGUUCACGUCACGGCAGUUUGUGAACUGGUACAACGGGCACCCGCGGCACGCGCAGGACGCCGCGCUGAGCGGGUUCGACUGGGCGCGCGUGCGGCGCGUGGGUAUCAUCGGCAACGGGAACGUUGCGCUGGACAUCGCGCGCCUGCUGCUGACGGCGCGCGAGGAGGCGCUGUGGGGCCAGACCGACAUCAACCCGCACGCGCUGCAGGCGCUGCGGCGCGCGCCGCUCGAGGAGGUGCGUCUCAUCGGGCGCCGGGACUUCCUCGGCAGCAAGUUCACGAACAAGGAGUUGCGCGAGAUGUGGGAGCUCGAGCGCUGCGGCGUGCGCGGCCACAUCGCGCCCGAGCACUUCACGCCCGAGGCGUGGGCGGCGCUGCCGCUCGACCGCGCGACGAAACGCCGCAUUGACAUGUGCCAGCAGUACCUGCUGCCGUACGCCGCCCGCGGCAGCAAGUCCGCGAGUAAAUACCCUCCUCCGGCGGAAGGCUACUCCAAGGCCUGGGUGUCCGACUAUCUCAAGACGCCGCUCUACAUCCGCAGGGACGGCGCCGGCGCGAUAUCUGCGCUGACCGUCUGCAAAAACUCCCUGACCCCUGAAAACAAGGUUGUACGUCACCUGGACGAGCAAUUGGAUUACGAAUUGGACGUGCUUAUCACGUCACUGGGCUACCGCGGCCAGCCCCUCCCGGAGUUUGGCGCGCUCGGCGUGGCCUUUGACGCGGACCGCGUAUCCAACUCGCGCGGCCGCGUGCUGCGCCAAGACGGCAGUUUGAUCCCGGGCCUCUUCGCGAGCGGCUGGAUCGCUAAUGGCAGCAGAGGCGUCAUCAUGACGACGAUGAUGAACUCUUUUGCCGUUGGCGACGAGGUCCUGCAGUACCUCGCGCAGAGCCCUCCGAAGGACCACUCCCAUGGCAUUGACCUGCGCGACAGCACGCACACCACCUGGGCCGACUGGAUACAGAUAGAUAAGACCGAGAAGCAGCGUGCCGCCCGGGGCCAGCCGCGGCAGAAGCUGCUAUCCGUGGCCCAGAUGCUCGAGGCCGCGCGCGCACGUGAUACAUAA